CCGACGACCUUUGUGAACACACAAGGCCUUGGAGUCCACAUGAAAACCAACCACAGCCGGCAAACAUGUUCCAAGGCCAGCGACUGCAGCGGAUGCUGGGAGACAAUGCGAAAGGGGAUGUCCUGCCGUCGGAGCGCGCCGGACCUGGGCGCUGUUAUCACGUGAAGAUCGAUGGCAUCACAGGGGCAGCUUCGUUCGUCCUCCAGCCGAAGCGUCUCCCCGACAUCGACCUGGAAUCUGGCGGCUUCACGCGUGCUGAACCUAAGUCCGCUCGUCCCAUGGAAGAACUCGACAGCCGCGAGGAAUACCGGUUCCACCUUUUCGAAGAGUGUGGCACGGCAAUGACUGUCGACGGUUUAGGCGAUGAUCGAAUCACCUUGGAGGGUCUGGACAAGCCGUACACCUUCGCGGGCGAUGGGGACUCCAGCGACGACGAGGAAUCUUCCGAGACUAGCAACGAUGGGUGCGGGGGUGGGGAUGACCAGACGGUUGAGGGCGAGGGGGACCACAGCGGCGACGGAGUGGAGGACGGCNGGUUCCGCCUUUUCGAAGAGUGUGGCACGGCAAUGACUGUCGACGGUUUAGGCGAUGAUCGAAUCACCUUGGAGGGUCUGGACAAGCCGUACACCUUCGCGGGCGAUGGGGACUCCAGCGACGACGAGGAAUCUUCCGAGACUAGCAACGAUGGGUGCGGGGGUGGGGAUGACCAGACGGUUGAGGGCGAGGGGGACCACAGCGGCGACGGAGUGGAGGACGGCGAUUCUAGCGACGAAGACACUCGUGAGACGGCCAGUGGCCAGAUGGAGGAGCUGAGUCUUGUGGACGACGACGACAGCAUGGAAUCCGACGACGAGAUUCACGCCAUGGAGAUUCCGGAUGGGUUUUGCAUUCAAGCAUGUACACCGGCAGCUAUUGACAGUUCGUUACUGCAGCGUGGAGUACUCGUUAGGCUGGGCAUGGGGUGGUUUGGGGGGGUGAUCACUCGAAAGUCUCAGGAGCGCACUCGCCACCUUUACGACUACCGUGUGCAUCUUGACCUAGACCAGAGUACGAGCAGCAUGAAGCUCCCGUUGGAAAUGUACAGAGGAGUUCCGGAUGCGGUGGUGGGCUCGUGGAUCUUGCUUGGAAGAGCACGGUCGAGCAGGUGGAUGGGGGCGGAGCUGCAGCGACGUUGA